GUCCGGUUCCCUUCGAUUGCAUUCCCUCCGACUGCAAUCAUUCCCGCCGAUCAUGAAGCCGGAGAUUAAACAAAUGUUGCCCCAGCGCCAAUUGACGGCCGGAAUGUUUACUCGCCACAAGUGAGCAGUAUCUCUGUAUACAGACUGUAUAGCCCGGUAUCCGCUGCCGGUCUAAUGCACUCUAAUUACCGCUUCCUUAUCCGCUCUACCUGUUCCCUUUCCACCGCUCCCAUUGGCCGCCGCCAGCGCAUACAUCUCAAGAACAAAAUGUAUCUGUUGUGUACACUGUACACGCAUCGAUUAGCCUGACUGUGUGAACAUUGGGAGAACGGCAGUCAGCUGAGGUUGAUGUUGAUGCGGCAGGACAGUGUCGCGCUACCGGCACAACACGCUAAUGCACCAUAAUUCCCCGCGAUAGAUAAUUCACUCCUUCUGCGCAGCAUCUUCACUCUACUUCUGCAUCAGGGAUGCCGGCGAGUAAAUGCGGCGUGCUGGUGUCGAUGGACGAGGAUAAUCCGGCGUUAGCACUGCGGCCUGACCCAAUUCGCCUGCCCGCCGCCCCGCACGACCCUAAUCCCCUCCCGCUCAACCUGGCUAACCGCUACAGCGCCGCCAAGCAAGCGCGCCGGGUGGGCUACACCAGCGACUACCGCGAGGACACCGGAGGGUCCCCGACGCCGGGGCUGGUCAGUGCGGAGGGCGGCCGGAUGUAUAACGGCGUCCGCCACGGGAAGCGGGCCGUGGGGGAGCAGGGCGCGGAGGGCGACGGCGCCAAGGAGGGCCGGAAGGAGGCGCCGACGAGUGGGACGCUGGAGCGGGAACGGGUCACGUACAGCAGGAGCAGCAGUCCGCCCGGCAGCGGGAUGGGCAUGGGCCUGGAGGCCUUCGUCGGCGCCGUCGCCGAACACCAAGAGGUGCGGACGCUUUUCAUCAGUGGCUUGCCGAUGGACGUCAAAGGCCGGGAACUGUACCUGCUCUUCCGCGGCUACGAGGGUUACGAGAAUUCCAUGCUGAAGGCCACCGGGAAGAUCGGCAAAUCCGUAUCGCCCGUGGGAUUCGUGACCUUUUCCAGUCGCGCUCUGGCGGAGAUUGCGCGCCAGGAUUUGCAGGGCAUCCGCUUCGACCCCGACGCACCACAGACAUUGCGCCUAGAGUUCGCCAAGAGCAACACCAAAGUGCCCAAACCUAAAGCACCGACCGCCACCGUCCUCGCCCCGCCCACCAACGGCUGCCACAACGUCAACAACACCAGCAACGUGUUCCUCGGCCCGCAUUUUCCCGGUGGAUAUCCCACCGGUUGCGAGGCGGCCGCCCUCGGGUGCGAGAACGUCAACUGGCCGCCGUGGUCGCUGCAGCACUUGGCGGCGCUGCACAUGUACCAGUCGGCCGCGUCGGCGCCCGCCGCCGCUGCUCCCGCGGGCGGCGAGUACCUGAGCGCCGAGCAGCUGGCCGGCGUCCUGCACAGCGGCGCCGGGUCGUUCCCGCCGGCGACCAACUACUUUCACUCGCUCACCAACCACCUUGCCGGCACCGUCCCGUCCCCGCUGAACCUGUCGUCCCCCGUCAACCCGGCCCUCCUCACCACCGCCCUCCCGUUGGGCGCCAAUCCGCCCUGCAAUACGCUCUUCGUGGCCAACCUGGGCGCCAACGCCUCCGACCUGGAGGUGCGCCACCUCUUCGCCAGUUGUCCGGGCUUCAGCCGGUGCCGGGUGAGCAGCAAGGCCAUGCUGGGCGCCGCCGCCGGCAGCCUGCAGAACGGCCAUCCUGCGCCGGGCGCCGUGGCUUUCGUGGAUUUCGUGGAUAUCCGCUGUGCCAGCAACGCCCUGCUGGCGCUGCAGGGCGUCAAGCUCUCCAGCUCCCCGGCCAACGGCCAGGGCAUCCGCAUCGAGUUCGCCAAGCAGAAGAUGGUCGAUAUGACCUAAGGUAAUGCGCAAUACGCUCAUCCGUCCCCAUUUCACGCCGGUUCCAGCAGUCGGUGGCGCCGCCUUGCGCCCAGUGUAUAUACAGAAUGAAAUGGCGAUUUAACAGUGACCUUUCAACGUUAACCUGAACAGUCUCAAAACCGGUGAUCUGAUCCGCCUCCUCAAACUAUUGCAUCAAAGUUCUCAUUGCUGGAAUAGCAGGAAUCAACUAAUUUAGCGCUCUGAUCUGGUUUUAAUUGCCGACAGUAUUUAUAUCUAAUAUUCCGGUAAAAUAAUAAUUAUAACGUACAAACUUGAAUCGCUGCUGUGUUUAUGAUCUGAAUUUAUGAUCUGAAUUAAGUCUCAUGCUCAGUUGAUCAAACGAUGACCGGCUGUGUAGAUAAUACUAGUGGUGAC